GCUUCCUAAUGGGGCCCUGACGGCCUGAAAAGAAAGAGUUUGCUCGCAGCGGGCCGGACAGGCUGGAUAACCCCCCUGCCCCCCUCGGCCCCCCCUCGAAGCUAAACGUGUACCCCCGUCCACGGACCGGCCCGCCUAACGGGGUAUAGUUGACGCACGGGGCCGCCGCGACUCCGCGGGGGGAGCGUUUCGUUAGCGGCGGCGGUGCGGUGCGGCGGCGUCGGCCCUUCCUCUGCCCCGCGAGACGGGGAGGCCUGUCUGUCUGUCUCACCUGGCGCCCCGCUUCCUCCUCCGCGGCUGCUUGGAAUGGAAAAUGGAGCGUGCGCCUUUAAGGCGCCCGACCGCCUGUCUCUUUGUGUUGGGGGAGAAACUGACGCCCUCUGGACAGCGGACACUUCAGCCGCGCAAUCCCGUCCUGGGAAGCACAAGAGUCCAGAGGGGGGAAAACCGCCGUUGUCUCUAGAUAGAGUUCCCGAUCCCGCUUCCAUAUCGCGGUGUUUUUCCAGUGCCUUGCACGGAGCCCUCAGGAUGAGGCCUGGUCAGCUGCUCCUCCCAGCCUCAGCUGCUCUCCUUUUCCUCCUGUCAGGAUUAACUCUGGCCAACGGCUGCAACAAAGCCCUCUGCGCCAGCGAUGUCAGCAAGUGCCUCAUCCAGGAGCUGUGCCAGUGCCGCCCCUCCGAUGGGAACUGUUCCUGCUGUAAGGAGUGCAUGCUGUGUCUAGGGACAUUAUGGGAGGAGUGCUGUGACUGUGUGGGAAUGUGUAACCCCAAGAACUACAGCGACUCCCCGGCCACGUCGAAGAGCACGGUGGAGGAGCUGCACCGCCCGAUCCCCUCCCUGUUCCGCGCGCUCACGGAGGGUGACGCGCCAAUCAACAUGAUGGUGGUGUCCUUCCCUGUCGCCGAGGAACUCUCCCAUCACGAGAACCUGGUGUCUUUCCUGGAGACGCUCGACAACCAGCACCAGAACGUCUCUCUGCCCGGCAACAGCAUUCACGCCAGCUACGACACUCAAGAUAAUAUGUGCACAGUGGUCUACUUUGACGACUGUGUGUCUAUCCGACAGUGUAAACUGUACUGCGAGUCCAUGGGAGGAUCCAAGUACCGUUGGUUUCACAAUGCUUGCUGCCAGUGCAUCGGACCUGAGUGCCUGGACUAUGGCAGCAAGGCUGUGAAGUGCAUGAACUGUCUUUUCUGAACUAUAGGCACAUAUUGGUACCAAAUGUCUGGACCACAACAGAGGACUGAAGGCAUAGGAAUCUAUGACUGAUAUGUGAUAACCUUUCUCUAUUACCUUGUAAAAUACCCCACCCACCCAAACCCCUGGUUCCUCCAAAUUGUUUUUAUUCUGCUGGUACGUUUCACUGUAUAUUUUUAGAUAUGUUUUUCCAAUAGUGGUUUUUUUUUUUUUUUGCUUUGUUUUUUUUUACUAGAGGUGUAUAUGAAUAAUGUAUUUUUACAAUUAUGUUCUGAUAAAUUCCCAUCUCAUGCCAAAUAAAGAAUGGUUUGGUGACCUGGCAUGUAUUUUUGGUAAAAAGUGCUUGUUUGUGUAACAGCAUCUACUCUGUGUUUAGAUUGAAUCUUCUUACUUUAAAAAUAACCCAAAAAACCCCCAAUAUUUUCUGAAUGCAACUCGGAUGAAAAGAGCCUAAC